GCUAUCAUUUCACUUAUUCUAGUUGCUUGCCGAUUUCAAAAAUAUUUAUCUAUCUAUAUGCACGUUUACAAGAAAUUUAUCUGUUAUUUUCAUGGAACGAGUCUGCGCAGAACCGUCUGUCUCAAACGUAUAUUAUUCUGUUGAACUGAGGGAGUAAUAUCGAUGAAGCUUCGAAGACCUGCCACACACACGUUUGUCGUGCGGCCUCAAACUUUAUUACAGAGCUUUAGGAACAUUACAAACACAAAUGUUGUUACUGAUAUACAACACCGAAGUUUAAAUAUUGGACACAAUGACAAUUUUAUUACACCCCAUUUGGGCCAGUUACUAGAUAAGUUUACUCACUCUGAGGAUUCAAGAGCUGGAUUUUCCAUCCAUGCUUGUUUGAUUAAGGUUGGGUUUUCAGGCCUGUGGAAUAAACUUCUCAAUUUGUAUUGUAAAUGUGGGGAGUUUUAUGUUGCUAGGAAGCUGUUUGAGUUAAUGCCUGAAAGAAAUGUUGUUUCUUUCAAUACUAUGAUUUUAGCUUGUUUGCGAAAUGGGUAUGUUGUUGAGGGUUUAUCUCUUUAUUCUGAGAUGAUCAACGGAGGGGAGUUUAAGCCGGAUAAUAUUACUUUAGCCGGAGUGAUUGGUGGAGGUGGGGUGCAUUUGAGGGAGAUAUUACAUGCUCAAGCGAUUCGUUAUGGUUUGAGUUCAAAUGAAUUUGUAGCAAGUUCUUUGAUUGAUGUGUAUGCUAAAGAAAAAAGAUUGGAAGAUGCUGUUAGAGUGUUUAAUGAGAUUGAUGUACGAGAUUUAGUUUCGUGGAAUAUUAUAAUUAAUGCUUGUGUGCAGAAUGAUGCCAAUGGUUGUGCUUGGGAGAUUUUCUAUCACAUGGUACAGGAGAAUGUUGUAUAUGAUGGGUUUACUUUGACAAGCAUUAUGAAGACUUGUUCAGAAGCCAGGGAUUUAGAACUUGGGAUGUUGGUACACUGUUGUGCUAUAAAGAGUGGCUUGGCUUUUGAAACACCAAUUAGCAAUGCCCUUAUUACUAUGUACAGCAGAUGUGAAGCAGGAAUGACAUCUGCCAAGAAAAUUUUUAAUGGACUUUUUGCACCUAACAUUAUAUCUUGGACUGCUAUGAUUGCUGGAUUCAUGCAAAAUGAGAAUAAUAAAGAAUCAGUUGGCUUCUACCGUUAUAUGCUCAGGUUAGACAUAAGGGAGAAUAGUUUCACCUUUGCUAGCAUUCUUCCAGCAUAUAGUAAUUUGGCAAGCCUCGAGGAAGGGAGGUCAGUUCAUGCUAGGAUUGUCAAAUCUGGUUUUGAGUUUGACCUUUCAGUAAACAAUGCUCUCAUAGAUUUGUACUCUAAAUGCGGUAGUUUGGAUGAGGCUCACUUGGUUUUCAGGACAAUGAGGUAUCAUGACAGGAUAUCUUAUACAGCAAUUAUUACUGGUCUUGGUAAGAAUGGUGAAGGGGGAAAGGCUCUUGAAUUUCUGAAUGAAAUGUUGACUGAAGGAAUAAAGCCUGAUGACAUAACCUUUCUUGGAUGUCUAUAUGCAUGUAGCCAUGGUGGUUACGUGAAUGAUGGGAUGCAUUUAUUUAAAGAUAUGGUAGAUAUUUAUAAAAUCAAGCCGAAAAGGGAACAUCUUUCUUGUGUUGUUGACAUGUUAGGUCGUGCCGGUAAAUUAAAGGAGGCUGAGGUAUUUAUUGGAGAGAUGGGGAUCGAAUCAGAUAUUUUUAUGUGGCAAUCCUUGCUUGGUGCUUGUAAUCUUUAUGGAGAAAUACCCCUAGGAGAGAAGUCUGCCCAAAUGAUAAUGGAACUGCAUCCAGAGAGGCAUGGAACAUACGUGUCUUUGGCCAAUAUAUAUGCUGAAAACGAACUUUGGGAAAAAAAGAGUGUUACGAGGGAAAACUUAAGGAGUGGUUCAAUAAAGGAUGUCGGAUGCAGUCGAGUAUCAAGUCAGAGAUUGUAGACUUAUAUCCCCAUUUUCUUUCUCUCAUUCUUGUCUUCACUGUUCCUCUUCCGCAAUCCCUUGCAGAAAGUUAUGAUUACAGGACAAGAAAAAUCGCCUGAACCUUAUCUAACAAAGAGGAUGCUUCCUCGUACCGGAAAGCAUAAAGCUUAAUGUAGGUAUUAUUACUCAGUUUCUGGACUGGUGAGAGAAGAGUUCCACCGUGGAAGAUGCAGGCAUAUACAUUUGCAAAUAGAGCUCAAGGAGUUUAUGAUGGAUGUGUUGUUUUAGUUAUGGUAUAUAAAAUAUAUUUAAAGAUCCUGGCAACCCAUAGACAUAUACUGGACAUUGUUGCAUAUAUUAGCUAAACCCUUUGCCUGAUACAAACAUCACUGUGAGAGUAAUAAAAGAGGAUGGCAGAGCAUACCAGCGAUAACUUCCUGCGGAAGUCAUGAUAUUUGAUAUUUUACUUGUAAUACCCAAAGAAACUUCAAGAACUAAAGACUGUUGUCUCAACCAUUUGUGGCAAUAAAUAAUGGAGAUCCUGAAGCAACAGUGUGAAUCUGCAAGCUAAACGAGCUACAAGUAGUCUACGUUGUCAAUGAUGCAGUCAUGCCGAUACAAGAUGUUACAAUCUUUGAUGACAUUACCGGGACAAAUAAUGCAAAAUGUCCUGCUUCUACGAUUCUAUUAAUUUGCAGUGGAGACCAAUAGUCGUCUGAGGUCUGCACUGUGUUUCUGACUUGUGAGCUCAAAUCUACAAGUAUCACAUUUCCGGUGACUGGUCAUGACGCAUUAGGCUUGGUAUACUAGUUAUCUGGGCCGAUGCUUCAGACUCUGAUGAGAAAGUGAACUAUGCAUUUGAUGGCAAAUGUUGAAUCUAGUUCAGAAGCCUAUGAGAACAAGGUACCUCAUGCCACUCUUGUUUUUGAUACAGAUAAUAUUGCUGAGUUAAGAUUAUUUUUUUAAAACAUGCAUGUUAGUUAUAGAGAUCAGACUUUAGAAAAUGAGAGGAUUUAAAUUAAAAGUCUAGAUAUUAAGAAAAUGAUGAUUGCUUAGACUGAAACUGGUGAAAUCAAAGGGCAUUACUUGAACGCUACUGCGGGUACAUGUGAAGAAAUGAUGAAAAGGGCUAUAUAUGCCAGAGAAUUGGGAGAUCCUAUCGUAAUGCAUGAUGACUUAACAGGGGGAUUCACUGCAAAUACUAGCUUAGCCCAUUAUUGCCGAGAUAAUGGCCCACUUCUUCACAUCCACCGCGCAAUGCAUGCAGUUAUUGAUAGACAGAAGAAUCAUGGUAUACACUUUCGUGUACUAGCUAAAGCGGAUAUUAGUCAUCAUGUUAGAAGUCGAAAAGGAAAGAGAUGAUGCUAUCUAUGUUAAACAAGAACUUUUGAAAAAGAAUGCAUAUCUUGAAACUAGCUAAAGAAAGACACAUAAUCAAAACAUGGACUAAUUCCAUCAAGAUUACUCAGAAUAUACUAGAAAGUGGCUAUUAGAAAGAAGAAUUAGGUUACUCUGAUAAUCUCUAAACUGCAAAGGAUAAAAAAGUUAAAACUGAGACAUCUAAACCAGUAUUCACAUAGAAGGUUGCAAAGCCUAUGAUUAAUCUUGUUAAAUUUGUUCCAAAAUCUAUGAACCUAAAUCAGUGAACGAGGAAGGCUCCACAUCAGAAUUUAAGACAAACUUAAAAGUUGAUAAACCGAAACACGAGAAAAUCAAAACCAUCAAUAUUAGUUUGAUGUCUCAUAAAUAACUAACACACAAGAUAAAUGAGAUCAAUAGGGAAAACAAGGUUAGUGAACCUAAGAAGAACAUUAAUGGUAAGGUUGACAUUAACCAGAAUAAUCAUUAUCACCUAUUUCCAUGCUCCUAGGAAAACUUGUCAUAACUAUGGUAAUACUAACCAUCUUGUUCAUUGCAAGAAAAAUAAAGGUAUAAACUCAAUUGCUCCUAAAUCAAGACUUAAGAGUAGAUUAGGUAGAUUUGACCACAUAAUCCUUAUUUUCACUGUGGCAGUACUUUGACAUUCCAUUUAUACAUGCAAAGAGUAUCACAGUUUGUAUUUCAAUUAUUAUGAACUGAAACCCUCUUUAAAUAAAUUGAAGAUUGAUUCUGCAGGUGUAUCUUCUGAUAAAAAACAUGUUAGCACAAAUUCUGAUAAAAAGUCUUUUACUGCAAAUGCUAACAGAUUUAAUAAGGCCAAAGGAUCCAAGCAAGUCUGGGUCCUUAAAACUAAUCAUAAGUGGCCUUUGUGAUUGUAGGCAACAUGAAAAACAUCCUAGUUUUGGAUAGUGGAUGUUCAGGACACAUGACUGGAAGUAAAGCCAUGUUAUCAGAUUUUAAGGAGAAAGCUGACCCAAGUGUUUCUUAUAGAGAUGACAACUUAGGAAAGACUCUGUGAUAUGACAAUAUUAAUCUUAGGAUUGUCAUCAUUGAGAAUGUGGCUCUGGUUGCAGGACUCAAGCAUAAUCUAAUAAGUGUGAGUCAAAUGUGUGACAAAGAUUAUCAUAUGGAUUUCUAUGAUGAGCAUUGUGAAGUUGUAGUAAAUUUACAGGCAAAGUGGCUGAAUGGUUACGGACAUGGUAGCAUUUAUGAAGUCAAGCUUUCAACAAAAUAAAAUGGCUUUGUGGUCUGCCUACUUAGCAGAGCAACAAUUGAAGAAAGCUGGGAUUGACACAAGAAACUUUCUCAUUUGAACAUUAAUAGCAUCAAUGAACUAAUGAAGAAAGAUCUUGUGGGAAGAUUACCCAAAUCAGUGUUUACUUUUGAUGGCCCAUGUGACUCUUGUCAAAAGGCAAAACAAAGAAAAACUUCAUUCAAGAGUAAGACCGAAACUUCUAUUCUUAAACCAUUUCACUUAUAUA